AUGAAAUCUAAAGAAGUAUCUUCACAUCGAAAAGGGAUUCCUACAGCUCCCUUUGUUGAUAAAAUUGAAAAUUACGUAACAUCACAAGAACAAGUUGAACCAACACUUAGACAAUUUCAAAAAUUAAUUGCGAAGUAUCGUUUUAUGGAGAUUAGUUUUCAGAGACAUACAGCAGGGCUUUUGGAAAAAAUUCCAGAGAUGGAUAAAACUUUGCAAAUGCUACGUUUUUUGGAGUCAAAAAAGGAAAAUAAAGAACCUUUUGAGACAUAUUUUGAGCUGGAUGACACACUUUAUGCAAAAGCUGUCAUUCCAUCAACGAAUAAAGCAGAUAUCUGGCUUGGAGCAAAUGUCAUGAUAGAAUAUCCUAUUCCAGAAGCAAUUGAAUUUCUUUUAUCGAAACUUGCUAGUGCAAAAGAAUCUUUAAAACAAUACGAAGAGGAUUUAGAAUUUGUUAGGGAAAAUAUUACAACAUUAGAAGUUAACAUUGCAAGAAUAUAUAAUUGGGUAUACUUGAUUUAUAACGAAAAAGAAAGCCAACAUGAAUAA